AUGGAGACGGUCACUGCUGUCAGGUACAAUGGCUCUCUCCCCAACGGUGAUCGAGGCAGGAGGAAAAGCCGUUUCAGUCUGUCUAAGAGACCCAAGGCUAAUGGGGUCAAACCCAGCACAGUGCACGCUGCCUGCACCGCACAGGCAGCUAAGGCUAUCAGCAACAAGGACCAACACAGCAUCUCCUACACGUUAUCCAGAGGUCAGACUGUGGUGGUGGAAUAUACUCAUGAUAACAGCACAGACAUGUUCCAGAUUGGUCGUUCCACAGAGAGCCCUAUAGACUUUGUGGUAACCGACACGGUGGCAGGGAGCCAGAGUAACUCAGACACCCAGUCAGUCCAGAGCACCAUCUCUCGCUUCGCCUGCCGUGUCAUGUGUCAGAGGACGCCCCCCUACACCGCACGCAUCUACGCUGCUGGCUUCGACAGCUCCAAGAACAUCUUCCUAGGGGAGAAGGCGGCUAAAUGGAAGACGUGUGACGGUCAGAUGGACGGUCUGACCACCAACGGCGUGCUGGUGAUGCACCCUCGCCACGGCUUCACGGAGGACUCCAAACCGGGUGUCUGGAGAGAAAUCUCCGUCUGCGGUAACGUCUUCACCCUCCGAGAGACCCGCUCCGCUCAGCAGCGGGGCAAGAUGGUAGAGGCAGAGAGUCAGGAGCUGGUGGAUGGCUCUCUGAUAGACCUGUGUGGAGCCACGCUGCUGUGGCGCACGGCCGAGGGCCUGAGCCGCACCCCCACCAUCAAACACCUGGAGGCGCUACGUCAGGAGAUCAACGCAGCCCGGCCCCAGUGUCCCGUCGGCUUCAACACCCUGGCCUUCCCCUCCAUGAGACGCAAGGACACCCCAGAUGAGAAGCAGCCGUGGGUCUAUCUCCAGUGUGGCCACGUCCAUGGUUACCACAACUGGGGAAGCCACCGGGACAGAGACAGGCUGGACAGAGACAGGCUGGACCGGGACAGGCUGGACCGGGACCAGGAGGAGAGGGAGCAGGGCUGGAGCAGGGAGUGUCCUAUGUGUCGAGCCACUGGGCCGUACGUUCCCCUCUGGUUGGGCUGCGAGGCAAGCUUCUAUCUGGACACGGCUCCGCCCACCCACGCCUUCUCACCGUGUGGUCACGUGUGUUCCGAGAAGACUGCUGUGUUCUGGAGUCAGAUCCCGCUGCCGCACGGAACACACACCUUCCACGCCUCCUGUCCCUUCUGCGCCCAGCAACUGAGUGGCGAGCAGGGAUACGUUAGACUCAUCUUCCAGGGCCCUCUCGACUAGGGGGACUAUUUGUCCUUGGUCGGAACUACUUUCCUUUUGGUCUCAAAGGAACGACGCUUAGAACCUCCAACUGCCUGGGAUUUUGGGGCGGGGGGGGAUUUCUGGAAUGUUCUCUCCGUUUCUGUUUGUCUCUCUGUGCUUUUAAGUGACCUUUUCUACUUUUGAUUUUUAUUGGGAAUGAAAACAAAGAUUUCUAUAUUUUCAUGUGAAACAAGAAGAGAAAGAAACCAACACUACUGGGUGAUAUCAUUUAGUUUUCUGAAAGAACUGUAAACUGUAUUUAUCUAUUAUACUAACAUAUGACCACACAUGGGUUUAUUCUCCUUUACUGUUGCAAUAUCCAUCCGUAUACGUCUUUAAGACUUCAAGUCCUUUAUUUCUGCCCAGACUUCAUAGUAACUCAACCAGAAAAUGAAGAUAAAGCUACAUUAGUUGUCCUCCUUUACUCUUCUUGGUCAAUGUGCUUCACUUCAAUACUCUUUUUAACAUUUUUAUUGUGCUAUUAGACUAUAAUAAUCGAAGCAGAACGGAAGCAAACAGGAAGGGACCUACCUCCAUUUGUCUAAUGAGAAACGUUUGUUUUCCGUUUUGCUACGGUAUGCAGUAAUGAGUACGACCAAGGUGUGUUUUGGGGGUUCAGUUUAGUGUAUAGUGGUAUGCGUCGUCGUCGUCCCCCCCCCCCCCCCCCCCAUCAUCAUGGAUCUAUUGAGUAUCCAUGACAACGUCCUGUCGUAUUGUAACCUCUGUGUUGUCUGUCUGAUGGAGAGUUCUGGCUGUGUGUAAGGGGGGUGAAGUUUCCCCUAAGUACAGAUCUAGGAUCUGCUUCUCCUCCCCCAAUCCUAACCUUAACCAUUAGUGGGGAAAAUGUGAAACUGACUUAAGAUCAGCAUCUAGGGGCAACUCUACCCAACACCGUGUUAUAACUGUUCAUUUUUUCCCACAAGGCAUUGCCAUGACCUUUCACAGUUGAAGCAAUAGAUUUGGAUGCAGACUUCCUACUUUUCGAGCAACCUGGGGUUUGUAGUCCCGUGAGUGAGUAUGACAGACAGCCUUUUCUGACGGUCUUCUCCCUUCAAAGCACAGGAGUAGAAACCAACAAGCCCAAACUGAUGUGAUGUAGUCGUUGGAGAGGUGUGUGAGCAAAUUGUAGUGGUUCCUCAUGCGUGAGCUAGAGCCUCUGUGUAUGUUCUGAUACUCUGCUCUGAUUGGUUCGAUAGAUUGACAGCUAUGUGAUUGCUGUCUGUAGUUGUGAUUGAGUGUUGAACACACACACACUGUUGCCUGUGUAAAGACAGACCGGUCAUGUUGAAUGUCAUUCUCUUCUUGAGUAUCUAGACGUCACGAUCAUUCUGAAUGAAACAGUAUUUAUAUGGACAAAAUACCUCAGUGUAAAGUAGUCCUGAACUUCAACCUUCAGGAUUCAGUGGUGUAGGGGGACGGCAUUACAUAGUAUUUGUCUAUGGAUGGUAUUUGAUCAUGUUUUCACUGUAUGGGUGUGUAUUUAGUGUACAGUAUUUUGUGUGUGUGUUGUAUUGUAUACAGAGGUAUCUCCACUGCUAUCUGAAUCUGACUGAUACUCACCUCAGGGAGAACACACACACCUCUGUCUGCCGUAUAGACACACCACACACACACACCUCUGUCUGCCGUAUAGACACUCCACACACACACACACCUCUGUCUGCCGUAUAGACACUCCACACACACA